GGCUUAUGGGCUCGAGGACAGCUCUCUCAAAAACGUUUGUUCAAUGGGCAAUGUGGAAUGUCGCGUCAAGGUCUGUUUACUUUGAGCGGAAUUGGACCGGAUCGAGUUUCGUUCGUUUCUUCGAGCGAAAAGACACACGGAUGGGAAUAAGAGUGUGGGUUAAUAAUGAUCGAGGGGGCGUGGCCAAGCACGUAGGCCGCUAUUAAUUACUUUUCUCCGAGAUAAGACUUUGCAAGCUUCUUCUUCCCGCGUAAACGGGAUUGUUAUCGUUGAAGGAACCGCGCUACUUAGCGAGUAGAAACUUUCCUCCGCUUCGAGACAAUGGGAGAGUUUAUGAUCGGAUUUUCCUCAGUUCCCUUGGCCUCGCCGCCGUCCUCGAUAUUUUUUCGAUCUUCUAUUUAUGGGAAACGUCACGUAACUUGGUAACCGUGUCACGUGAAAACAAGGGCGAAAUAUGGUGUUCACGUGAAAUUUUAUUUUAUUGCUUGCCAGAGAAAUAAAUUGUUUCUUCUAUCGAUUCGCGAGAGACAUCUUUUUAAAAUUGAUUUGGUAAUUUUUAAAGAAGGAUCUUCCGCUAAAAUGUGGAUGAUUUAUGUGAAUUUAUCGAUGAAUAACGCGAUUGAAAAUAAAAAUAUCGAAUACGUUUAUUAGUUUUUUUUUCGGGACGGUCGGUCGUUAUCGAGAGAAGUUUAAAUAAUUUGCAAGAGAAAGAUCCGAUAAGAUGGAAGAUAAAACAUCGAAUCAACUUGGAAGUUUGUGUUCUUUCUUAUCGAUCGUGCUUUUCAAAACUACCAAUCUUGACAAUUUUUUUAAAUCGCAUCAAUGAAAAGAUUAGAUAAUACGGAUUAAUAACGAUAAUUAAGUGUAAUAAAACAAGUCCACUCGAAUAGAAACAAGUUCAAAACUCUUAGCGAUCUGUGUUCUCAAGAAAUCUUGACAAUUUUUUUCACGUGGAAUUGAAGUGAAAAUUCGAAAAAGAAUAAAAGUUUCUUAUCGAUGUUUUCUUUGACCAAAUGAAGAGAUUAGUCGUAUUUAAUAAUAUAUUACAAAAUCAUAUACAUAUAUAGAUUCUCGAAUAGAAUCAAACUCGUGACCUUUCUUCUAUCGAUCACUUUCUGCACGAGAGGAUGCAAAGAAAUCGUGGAGAGAAUCUUCUACACGAAACUGAGUGAAAGUCGAAGCGAAGAGAAGGUUAGGUUUAACAACAAGUUAUGGCGGGAUAAGGAGAAGAUGGCGCUAGUGGGCAAGUGGAACAAUACGACUGGCAUAAAUUACACGCAAUUACGAUGCAUCCAGUGGAUCGCAAUUACCUGUUCGCUGCUGCAAAAGCGAACGGCGGAAUGCAUCGUUGCACAAGCUUGUCUGCCUCAGAAUCCAAUUAUUCCUUUCGAAAAUAUUAUUCUAUCAUUCUUCUAAAGAGGAGGAUUUUUUCCUUUUUUUUUUUUUUACUUACGUAUAAUGGAUUUCAACGAUUUGAUCAUUAAUCCGAUUUUUUACGGCACAAAGAAACUGGAGCAAAAAAAAAUUAUGGAUAUAUCGGAAAUUUUAAACUUGAAGCUUUAUCAUUUAAACCAUUGUGUAUUUAUGAAAAGUUUUUAACUAAGCGGGGAUAAAAAGUUAAAGUGGCGUUGUUAAUUAAAAUUUAUUGCUUUUAAAUAUGAAAAAAAUAACGAUCGCAAAGAGAUAAUUGUUUUACAAGUCGUGUGGCAAUUACUUUGUUGAAAAGAUGAAUUGACAUUUGCUAAUUUUUCAAUCAAUAUUAUCUAUUAAUAUAUUAAUAUUACCACUAUUAAAUCGAUAAUUUAUGCAAGUUACGGGAAAGGGGCUUAAAUGGUCUUUAAAAAGCGCAUAAAAAUUCCGCGACGCCUGCAAAAUUCCAUAAAGUUAUCAUCUUUUUCUUUUUCUUUUUUUUACACAGUUAUUAUAUAACUUUCAUAGCUACGAUAAUUACACCAACAACAAAAUUUAGCAUUUCCGAUAUUAUCUGCAAUUAUUAUAAUUACCCGACGAGUAUGUGCGAAAGAGUUAAUCGAACAUUGAAAUUUGGUUAAAUAUUCAUGGCCGGCUACUUUGAAAAUCCGAUGUACAAGCAUAAAAUCGGGAUAUGGGAUCCAAGGUGAGCCGACGAACGCAUCAUCGUAUGCCGAUCGUAUCGAUCUGACCGUUCGAUAACGAUGAAAUUGUUUCCCUUUGGCGUUGGCCAGGAAUUUUGGGUAAUUGUAGAUAACGAGGUCCGUGAGGAUCCACGAGCACGGGGGUAUGGAUCCAAUUUCCACGGAUAGUAUGGAUAUUUUCAUCGGGUCGGAUCGAUAGCGAUGCCGAACAGCCGCAUCAAUCACCGGCCACUCUUCCGAUGAACGUGCACUCUGAUUACUUUCCGGGUAUUCACCGUCGAAAGAACGAAUUCGCGAGCGAAAAUACGAGUAACCGCGUGUUUUCGGCGCGAAAAAAACGUCCUUUUUUUUUUUACAACACUUGUAACACCGAAACAUGGGUGCGUGAAACGAUCGUUGAUUAACUGUCGCGUUGGCUGUCUACUUUAUAAUUUUUUGAAACGCCCUGUAUAAUAACGAAAGUCAUUGUGAUCGUUCGAUGGUAACAUUGAUUAGUAACUAUUGUGAAACGCUGAUUAAUUGUCGUAUCGGUGUCGUAUUCUGUAACUUUUUAUUUUGAAACGAUUAUUUUGUAUCGAAAGUAACGAAAAUCAUUGGCAUAUUUAUAAUCGUUCGAUGAUGUUAUAUUGAUUGAAAACGUGUCUCUGAAACUAUCGUUGAUUAACUGUCGUGUUGGCUAUCUAUUUUAUAAUUUUUUGAAACGUCCUGUAUAAUAACCUGUAUAAUAAAGUCGUUGUGAUCGUUCGAUGGUAACAUUGAUUAGUAACUAGUGAUUGUGAAACGCUGAUUAAUUGUCGUAUCGGUGUCGUAUUCUGUAACUUUUUAUUUUGAAACGUCCUGUAUCGAAAGUAACGAAAGUCAUUGGAAUAUUUAUCGUUCGAUGAUGUUAUAUUGAUUGAAAACGUGUCUGUGAAACGAUCGUUGAUUAAUUAUCGCAUUGCUGUGUAUUCUAUGAUUUUUUAUUUUGAAACGUCCUGUAUAGUAACGAAAGUCAUUGACAUAUUUAUAAUCGUUGGAUGCUGUUAAAAACAUGUCUGUGAAACGAUCAUUCAUUAAUUAUCGCGUUGCUGUGUAUUCUGAAACUUUUUAUUUUGAAACGUCCUGUAUAGUAACGAAAAUCGAUGACACUUUUAUAAUCGUUCGAUACUAUAACUAGAAACGCGAUUGUGAAAGGAUCGUUGAUUAAUUGUCGCGUUGCUGUGUAUUCUGAAACUUUUUAUUUUGAAACGUCCUGUAUAGUAACGAAAGUCGUUGACAAAUUUAUAAUCGUUGGAUGCCGUCGUAUCGAUUGGAAAUAUUUAUGAAAAGAUCAUUAAUUGAUUAAUCAGGUUGACGUGUACUCCGUAUUUUUUAUUUUGAAACGUUUUAUAUAUAAUAACGAGAAUGUUUAUAAUUAUUCGACGCUUUUAUCGGAAACGUGUUCGUGAAAGUUGCAGCAUUCUUUAUUUCAUCAUUCUUUGUCUCGAAUUUAAUAAUAAACAUUUUUAAACAUCUCGUAAUAAACGAUUAAAAAUUCUCGAUAAUUAAUUUUCCAACAUAAACUUCCAAAUCAAAAACGUUAUUUCAUUUUUAUCUUCAAAAUCGAUCGAAAGCAUAAAUUUUGCAACGCUCCGUGAUCAACCGACUGAAAUUCUCAAUGAUCGAAAUUCCUAACCUCGAAAUCAAGAAGCAUCGAGUUAUCCGUUCCCAUUUAAAAUUCAAUCCGUUGCACGAAUUUUGAAACGUUUUGUAGCACGUUAACGGAAGCAUUCGAUAUCUCGCGACUUCCAACGCAUUGCGAAAUUGCGCACGACAUAAGGAACAACGUUCGUGGACUCGUGUCGAGUGAUUUGCUCCGUGGAUCCUCCUGCAUCCGACGUUAUCUCCACGGUGCGCACGGUGUACACGGCUACCUUGCGCGUGGCAAGGUGACGUUCUGAUUUACGAUCGAUCCUCAUCUAUCGUUACGCGAGUGUAAUUCUUGAGUGCAAAACGGCUGGUUGCCAUUGAAAUUCUACGUUUUCCAGAGGCGUGCCGAUCGUAAAACGAAUUUACAACUGAUUCCAAGAAAUUUCAAGCGGAAUCGUUUUCACCGUCAUGAUUUUCAAUAACCGGGUCACGAGCGGCGUCUUUGUAUUCUUUUUUUUUUUUUUUUCUACCUUAUCUUAGCACGAACGAAAAAUUUAUUGAAAAUUAAACUUGACAAUUAUUGAAAAUAAUCAGCUUUACGAUAAGAUAUUAUUCGCCUCGUAUUCCUUAUGGUAAUAGAAACGAAUACGAUUAACGAAUAUAUAUACAUAUAUCGAUGUACAGGAUGUUUCAAAAUAACUAUGAUUCGUUAAAAAAACGUUGAAACGGAUUUAAAAUUUUUGUUCUCCCCGGUGACACGUAUAUCGUGUGUGUAUAUCGUUUCAAAAAUAUUGAUCCCAAGCGAGGAAUAAAAUUGGAAGGGAGCAUAUUUGCAUUCCGAUUGUCGCGCGAGUGUAAAGUGUUAUUUACUUUAAGCCGUCAUUCGGUUGAGCAAUUUUCGUGCGGCAGUGGAGCUAAUCAACUGUCAACAGAGUUGUAUCGAUGCGUAUCUACGAUGCACAUUGUCUUUUGCGGGUGAAGUUAACACAGGUUAUCGCUUCCCGCUGCUUAUUUCAUCGGUGGAAGUGGUUCCGUGUACACGUCUAACCGGUGCUGCUGGUUAGAAAGCAACGAAACGGAAUGGUUUGGAAUUGCGGGUUUAAGAAAUUGAUGCACGGCGAAGGGGCCUUGAAGAACACCGUGCUGACUGCUCUGGCGGAGAUGAUUGGCACUUCCAUGUUGGUGUUCCUUGGAUGUAUGGGAUGCAUUGGAAGCCUUGGUGUCGUUCCUUCUCACUUGCAAAUAGCCUUAACCUUCGGUCUGGCUGUGAUGAUUGUGAUUCAGUCCCUUGGCCACAUCAGUUUAGCUCACAUUAACCCUGCCAUCACGGUGGGAUCGGUUGUGCUUGGAAUGAAGACUAUUCCCGAAGGUUUGGUGUACCUCCUGUCUCAAGUAGUUGGCGGAGUCUUAGGAUUUGGAAUGUUAAAGGUGGUGACUCCAGCGGGUCGGAUGACGGGCAAAAGCGUGGACGAGGCGGACAUGUUUUGCGUGACCGAUCUGCACACCGAGCUGUCCGCCAUCCAGGGCCUCCUCCUCGAAGGCAUUUCCACGGCUGUACUGAUGCUGGUCGCGUGCGCCGUCUGGGACAGCAGGAACGCGAAAAACACCGACUCGGUGCCAAUCAGAUUCGGAUUGACGGUGGCCGCUCUCGCUCUCACCGUCGGCCCGUACACGGGCUGCAGCAUGAACCCGGCCAGGUCGUUGGCACCGGCGCUCUGGAACAAUCAGUGGUCCCAUCACUGGAUCUACUGGUUCGGCCCCAUCGGUGGCGCCCUUCUGUCGUCCUUCACGUACAAAACCAUCUUCGGCGUGAAGAGGAACAAGCAGGAGGAGCCUGCCGCAGAAGCUGUGGCGUUGAACAGCGUGGACACCCAGAAGGCCGAGCCGUGAUACGACCAUUCGAAGAGGGCCAAUCGGGAGCGUCCAGGGUACGAGACGAUCGACACUUUAUUCGAGAAAGUACAAGAGAUUAAGUGUUUAAAUGGAGGGACGUGGAAGGAUCGAAUGGAAGCCUGAAACGCGAUACACGAUCACCUGGGCCUGGGGGGUCAUCAUCAUGUGCCGCCAUCUUAGACCUCCAACACCUCCGUUUUUUUCUUUCGAUCGUAUCGCGCUCGAACGAUUCACGAGAUCGCAAGACUGUAAUAAUUCAGAGAAAUCGUUCGUUGCCUGCGAAAGAGCGACGACAUUAUAUUGUUAAAAUGUAUAGAUAUAGCGUACAUUGCCGUUCGAAAUUAUUAGUUACGUUCGAUUAAUUUUAACAAAUUUUUAAUAGACCUCGUUUUGUAUAUUUUAUAUAACUAUUUUGUAUAUUUUUCUGAUAUGAAAAAUAUAACGAGUCUAUGAGAAUAUGUCGAAUCGAAAGUUAUAUAAUUUGAUUUAUUUAAUUUUUUAUGUCUUAUAUAUCUCUGUUCAAUGAAUAGUGUUAAAAAAUAUGAAAAAAAUUUGAAAAAGAAUAAUAUCAUGGAACAAAGUUUGGUUUGUAAGAAUGAAAAAUAAUAAGAAUUAAGAACUAUUUAUAUUUAAAUAAUUGAAUUAUAUAAGUCGAAAAAUUUGGCAAUAGAAAAUAUCGAAAACUUUGUAGAAAAAUGUAGUUAAUACUUUUGAAUGGUAAUGUAUCAUAAAGGUUGCCAUAUUGAUUAUCGACCAUUUUAUAAUUCAGUGAUUUGUAUGUACAAAAUGGCGUUUGUUAAAUUACUGCUGGAAACACGCAUUUUGUUAUUGUUGUCGUUUUUCUUUUUUUAAUACUCUGUUGGUAUGUUUCGUAUUACGUAUUUUCAAUUUACCAGAGAUUUAACGAUUCGCUAAUAAUAAUAAUCAUUGUAUAUAAUUGUUAUGAUAUUUUUUUAUAGAUGUAUUUACUCGUGACGAUGGAAAAAAAAAUAUAAUCGAAUCAAAAGCA